CCGCAGUGCGCAGUCUCGGUACCGCCUCGCGCUCCGCCCCGCCCGCGGGGAAGCGGUCGCGCGGCGAUGACGUCGCGGGGGCCUGGCCGGGCGUCGCGGACUCCGGAGAUGGAGGAAAAGGAGCAAUUACGGCGGCAGAUCCGCCUCCUGCAGGGUCUGAUCGAUGACUACAAAAACCUCCACGGCCACGCCUCUGCCCCAGGCACCUCUGCGGCUUCCCAGUGGCAGCCGGCCACUUACAACAGCAGCAGGGCCUUCAGUGCUCACGACCCUCGUCCCAGCCGGAGGGGCUUCUCCCCAAGCCAUGGGCCUGCCUGGCGCAAGAAAUACUCCCUCGUGAACCGGCCCCUGGGGUCCUCCUCGGACCUGCCCGGUGACUGUGCCACACAGCCGCCCCUUGGGGCUGGGGGCAGCCAGGGUCCCGCCCCCGAGCAGUACGUCUUGGAGAGGCAGGUCCAGCUCAGUCCAGAUCAGAACAUGGUCAUCAAGAUAAAACCACCACCCAAGCCAGGCUCGGCUAGUGCUGCAGGGGUCCUGCGGGGCUCCCUGGACGAACACGAAGGCCCUUCCUGGAGCCCCCACAGGCCUCAGGAGGGCGGGGGUGAGGCCCCUGGUGGGCAGUGGCAGCCCUCGAGGCCGGGGAGAGCCAAGGGCAGCUGCGGGGCGGAGGACCCGCUUCCAGUCUGCCGGAGGGCGCCCGGCAAGCUGCGCGUGGUCAAGUCAAUGAGCAGCGUGAGUGACAGCCCCUCGGAGCCCCGGCGGACAGUCAGCGAGAGUGCGGUUGUGGCCAAGGCGCGCUUCCUGCCCUCCAGCGCCCCCCAGCGGGGCGGCGCGGCCCCGGGCAGGAAGGUGGGCUCGCACUCUGUGGCCAGCUGUGUCCCGCAGCUCCUUGGGGACGGGCGAGCAAGUGCCGGCCACCCAGAUCAGGCCGCUGCCUCUGGCUUGGUGGCAGGCCCAGCGCGAGCAGCCGCCGGACCGCGGCCGAUGCGGGAGCCGUCACUGCUGGUGACCUGUCGAGCCAGCAAGUUCCGGAAGAACAACUACAAGUGGGUGGCCGCCUCGGCAAAGAGUCCCCGGGCCCCUCGGAAGGCCCUCAGUCCCAGAGCCGUGGCGGAGAACGUGUGCAAGGCCCCCUUCUCCGCAGCAGAACGAGCCGAGAAGCCGCACCUCCGAGCUGACCCAGAUGCCAAGCCCAGGAGGGCGGCGGUGGCGGCAGCCGCCCUGCCCGGGGCCUCCUCCAGCAAGUACAAGUGGAAGGCGUCCAGCCCGUCGGCCUCCUCGGCCUCCUCCUUCCGGUGGCAGUCAGAGGCUGGUGCCAAGGACCGUGCCUCUCAGCCCUCCCCCGCCCCGUCUCGGCCUCCGCCCGGGGCCCGGCCGGCCGGGGGGCCCGGCAGCUCGGAGGUGCUCCUCGGCGAGACCCCGCCCUCGGCUUACAGAGUGAAGAGCCGCACCAAGAUCAUCCGGCGGCGGGCGAGCGCUGGCCUUCCUGGGGACAAGAAGAGCAGCCCCCCGCAUGCCGCUGCUGCCAAGAGUCAGUUCAGCCUGCGGCGGAGGCAGGCGCUGCGGGGGAAGAGCAGCCCCGUUCUGAAGAAGACCCCUGGCCGGGGCCCGCCACAGGUCACCAGGCACCGGCUGUGCAGCCUGCCUCCGAGCCGGGCCCACCUCCCCAGCAAGGAAGCCUCCGGCCUGCACAGCCCGCGGCCCGCACCUGCCAGCAAAGUCAUCCAGACUCGCUACCGCAUUGUCAAGGAGACCCCAGCAUCGCCUCUCAGCACCGCCCCCGGCCCCCCGGCCCUGCCCUCCUGGCGGGCACGACGGCUCUCCCUGUCCAGGUCCCUGGUGCUGAACCGCCCACGUCCGGCCGCGGUGGGUGGGAAAGCCCAGACGGGCUCGCCGCGGUGGCGGAGCAGAGGCUACCGCUGCAUCGGAGGCGUUCUCUACAAGGUGUCGGCCAACAAGCUCUCCAAGACCUCCGGGCGGCCCAGCGGCGACGGGGGCAGCAAGCCCCUCCUGCGCGCAGGCCGACUGGACCCUGCGGGUAGCUGCAGCCGCUCCCUGGCCAGCCGGGCCGUCCAGCGCAGCCUGGCCAUCGUCCGGCAGGCGCGGCAGCGGAGGCGGAAGAGGAAGCAGGAGUACUGCAUGUACUACAACCGCUUUGGUCGGUGCAACCGCGGCCAGCACUGCCCCUACAUCCACGACCCUGAGAAGGUGGCCGUGUGCACCAGGUUUGUCCGGGGCACCUGCAAGAAGACAGACGGGACCUGCCCCUUCUCCCACCACGUCUCCAAGGAGAAGAUGCCCGUGUGCUCCUACUUCCUGAAGGGGAUCUGCAGCAACAGCAACUGUCCCUACAGCCACGUCUACGUGUCCCGCAGAGCAGAGGUCUGCACUGACUUCCUCAAAGGCUACUGCCCGCUGGGUGCAAAGUGCAAGAAGAAGCACACGCUGCUGUGCCCUGACUUCUCCCGCAGGGGCGUCUGCCCCCGGGGCACCCAGUGCCAGCUGCUCCACCGCAACCGGAAGCGCCUCGGCCGGCGGGCAGCCACACCCACAGCCCCAGAGCCCAGGAGCAGGGCUUCCACCAGCCACGGGCCCAGGAAGUCCUCGGGCGCCCAGCGCCCCGCCAGACAGACCACCAGCUCCCCCACUGCCGAGGCUGCAGGCUCGGCCUCCCCCCCCUCCUCCCCGUGGGUGUUGCCUGCGGCCUCUUCCUCCCCCUCCCCCUGCUCCCCCCCCUCCGCCUCCGCCUCCCCCUCCGCCUCCGCCUCCCUGUCCUUGGACCAGGAUGCUGCCUCUGCGGGGAACGGCUCCAGCAGCCUCUCCAAGCUGCCUUCCUUCAUCUCCCUGCAGUCCUCGCCGAGCCCAGGGGGCCAGCCCGGGGCCCGGACCCCCAGGAGCCCCCCCACCAAGGACUCAGGGAAGUCUCUGCACAUCAAACCCCGCCUGUGAGGGCCCAGGGGCCCGGCCCGCGCCUACCUCAGGCCUCGUCCCCGGAGAGGAAGGAGGCUCUGCCCGCCCCACCACCGCCCCAGAGGAGGCACCGCCUGCCCCCGAGCGCCCCCCGGGGGCCGCAGGGCCGUCGCCCUGUCCACCUGGCUCUCAGCUCUGCGUGACCAGUGCCAGGCCUUGCUUCCCUCGGGCUGGGCCCCGCCCGCCUCCCCUCCCCCAAGUCCUCGCUUUGCCCAAGGGGGUGCCGGGCAGGGCUUACCCCCAGACCCAUCCCAGCUGUGGGCGUGGCAGCGGCGAGCAGCGUGCCCCCGGUACCCCCCAGGACUCCCACCCGAGGAAGAGACUGCGGGCAGGCCUCCCCGCGGCCGUUUCCUGUUCAGCAAUAAAGGUUUUGUCCUGUG